AUGAGGGCUACGGCGUUCGGCGUGUGGCCUUCCUCGCCUGUUUUCCUGAUCGUCUCUGUUAUCUUCAUCUUCUUCCUCCUUCCUCCGUCUGCCGGCGCUAUCUACUGUGGAGAGGACGAUUGCUAUGAUCUACUAGGGUGAUCUCCCUUUUUCCAAACUCUCGUUGCAUCUGUUUCCGUUAAUAUUACAUCAUUUCUUGUGACUGAUUUUAAAUUGGAUGAUUUGCCAUUAUUUGAGAAUUUCUUUCGAUCUACUGAUGCUUCAACUAGAAUAGUUUCUAAUUCCUUUCUGACUUGCUUCCCAGGGUCAAGCAGAACGCCAAUGCCUCUGAGAUAAAGAAAGCUUACUACAAGCUCUCGCUCAAACAGUACGUCUCCAGAAAUUUGAAUUAAAAUUUUUCACCCUUCUGUUGGUCUCUUUCAUGUGUUGUUUUCCCUUCAUUCCUUUUUGUUUUCUCACAGACAUGUUUUUUUCUUUCAAGUCACCCGGAUAAAAAUCCCGAUCCAGAAUCGAGGAAAGUGUUUCUCAAGAUCGCAAAUGCGUAUGAGGUGCGCCAUCUUCUCAUUUUUUUAAAAUAAUUUUUGUGUAAAUAGAUUUAUGUACCCUGCUUUUGCUCCUAAUUUAUUGUAAUAUUUAUAACAAAAUUAGGAUGCUUCGUUGACUUUUCUCUUAAUGCUAUUCCCUGGGAAUUUUAGUUUAAAGGAUGGAGUAUAUUGAUACUCCUCUCAUUCACAUUGUAACAUUUAUUGACUCUUUUGUGUGAAGUAAAUGAAUAAAUGACAUUUUCGCGAAUGUCAAUGGUUGGUGGUCAGAGUAGAUGGACAAGAGAAAUUGAUAGUAGAUGGAAAUAACUUUACCGCAAAUCAGGUGGUAUUUAUUUCCCUAAUAAUUGCAUGAAUAUCAGGUAAACGCAUAAAAUUGAGAAAUAUAAAAACUAAAUAAGAUUGGGUACUUUUUCUCAGCAGACUUAUUUUUGGAUUAAUUUUAUUUUUUUUAAGAGCUUAAGAUACCUGUGGUAGGAUAUAUCCAUGUAAGCUGUAGAGCAGCAAAUUUCCGUAUGCCUUUUGAUUCAUUCUUCCCAGUAGCUAUAAGUCAAUCCAUCUCCAUAUUCUUAGAUACCUCGGAAAUAAUUCUUGUUCAUUCAUCCUUCAAUCAAACUCUCAUAGGAGUCGGAGACAUACUGACAUGACAUAAAAAUAAAUGUAGAUCACUUGCAAUGUGUAGUGGUAUGAUACUUCAGUAUUCUUGUCCAUCAAUGUCUCUAUCCUUGUUGGAAGUUAUAGCGGAAAGUGUGUUAUUUUGUGUUUUUUUUUAUGUAAUUCGUUCUUUAAAAAUGUUUGCGGUCCUCUUACCUAAAACACCAUCUUCUAGUGUGUCCUGCUAGAACGUUAGUUGAAAUAUAUGAUCUUGUUCAUAAUUCCAAAGAUAUUGGUAAUAAGUGUAUAUUGUUCCAUAUCCCUGCAGAUUUUGAAAGAUGAAGAAACACGGGAGCAGUAUGACUAUGCAAUUGCUCAUCCAGAGGAGGUAUGCCUUUGAUUGUUUGCUCAAUUUUUGACGUGAAAGCUAAAUGAUAUGUCGUAACCAAGAGUGCUAUGAAAUCAUUAUACGUUUAAUUCCAUAGCUAAAUGGAUUGCCCUAUGGUCUUUUAAGCACAAGUAUUCACAAUUUCAAUGUUCUUUUGACUGGAUAUUUGUUUGACACCAACCUUUGAUUUAUUUUUUAGAGAUCUUAGUCAUCGAGGGGUUGCCCGUGAAAGAGAAAACUGGUCCUUUGUUGAUAUCCAUACAUUUAUUCAUGAAUUUAAAAUAAAAAAUUAAAAAAAAUCAUGACUAUCUUUUCGUCAUAUUUUACCCUUAAUGGGACUGAGAAAAGACCAGGAAAAGCACGUCCUGUUAGUAACAAGAACUACAGCUCAGCUGCAUCAGUAAUUCUGAGCAUCAUCGACAUGGGAGAUGCAGUAAAAAUUGCAUUAGAAGAAUGGGAAAUUAUGCUUUAGGAAACAUUUGGACAAUUAAAUGCAAAAAUUUAACUUUGUAACGGGAAACUCAUGUGCAUCUGGGAUUUUGAACUUUGAUUUGAAGAAGCAUGUGAACCUUGACAUUUUAAUUUCUCUUUGUUCUUGAACUUAUUCGGACUUCCCAGUUAUCGUUGCUUAGUACAGAAGCAAAGCAAAGCUAUUUGACUGUAGAGAGAAAAAUUCAACAGGAAAAUGAACUAAAUAUUUUAUUUAGUGAUUAUUUUUUAUUACUUGUAGAAACCUGGUAGCGGUCUGUGAAUAUGUUUACAACAAUGUUGUGGGUUUGGAAGAUGCCAAACUCUGUGGUAAGGAAAUAUAGUUUAUUCUUAGUCCAAUGUUGUUAUCAGUUCCUGAAUGAUAUUGUUUGACGGCAGCUAGGUCUAUGGUAUUUUAAAGGACUGAAUCUCCGCUUAAUCAAACAUAGAUGUUAGAAUUGGGAGCUGUUCACUUAAUUGAUACCACUCAGCUGGAUCCAAAUCUUUUGGUCCUUCAAUAUUAUCAAACGGGCUCUAUUCUUUGAAAACACCGAGAGAACGGGUCAUCUUAUUGGUCACACGGUUGUAUUAUGAUAUGCUCUUGAGUUCUUAAUGUAUUUACAUUGCUACAAGUGUCUUUUAUUUCUAUCAGGCCUAAUACACCAAUUUUUCUCCGUUCUCUCUCAGGUAUUCUACAAUACAGCCCGCUACUAUCAUGCAUACUAUGGGCACAAAACAGUAAGAACAUAUAGUAUUUAAUUGCACCAUUUUUUCAAAGAAAUUAAGUGCUGGUACUUUCGAUAUGUUGUUAUCUGUUCAUCUUCAGAGCAUUACCUCCUCAUAUCUUUAUUCCGACAUCAAUUGCAGGAUCCUCGGGCAGUUCUGAUUGGUCUUCUUUUAGUGGUUUCGGCAUUACAAUAUCUCAACCAGUGGUCAAGGUAUACGCAGGUACCAAACCCAUAAAAUUCGCCUCCCUUAAAUUUGCAUCGCGUGCUCUGCAAAAUACUGUGUUUGCUCAUCUACAAUAACGAAUCUUAGAUUUCUAUGCUUCAUUUACUAAGUUGAGCAUGCAAAUUCCUGCAUACAAUCAAAGUCAAUGAAUGAAACUUUUUGCUACAAGCAGUUCUUGCUAUCAGAUUCCAGGAAAUAAAUUGUUGUUCAUUUUUUCUGCAGGCUGUGGCCAUGGUGAAGAGAACGCCAGCUUACAAAAACAAAUUGCGGGCUUUGGAACUUGAGCGUACAGGGGGAGUAACGAACAAGAAGAAGGCUCGCAAGCCAAUGGACAAGUAGGAAUUGUCUUUAGCUUCUAUAAGAUUUCAGUUGUCAGAAGAAAAGUUAUCCUAGAUCGUGCUUUCUCCCUGCCUUAACUUAGUACUCCUCAUACGGUUUUAUAGUAUGAUUCCCCAACCAUACGCUUUGUUGGGUCACUGGAAUUUAAUCUUCUGAAUGCUGGUAUUUUGCGAGAUACUUUGGAUUUAUCUCCAUUCAAACCAGGGGUCAGAUGGCUUUAUCUAGAUCAUUUUGUGCUAUGUUUUCUAUCUUUUGAUAAUCGGCGUCUUUGUAACGUUUGAAAAAACUGAAGCAUAUGUCAUUUGAGCUUGGGCCUAGUCAACUACUCACCAUCUGGGAAAUUCUUUAGUUUCUCCUAAAGAAAUCAACUUUAGAUUGUUUAUUCUGUUUCCUGUUGUUACACGAGUUAAUUUUGCAGUUGACUUGUUUUAAGUUCUAAGUGGUAGAACCUGUUCCUCUCUCUCUCUCGCUGUCUGAUGUCAAAUUACAGGCCAGAAUCUUGAUACCCACACAUUCUUCACUUAUACUAGACAAUCAUCUAGAUUCUUUACACUCCUGAUUUUUCUGACAUCAGUUUCAUCAUUGACAGUAGUAAAACGUAUGUAACAGCCAUCUCAUUACACUCUCUCAGAUACUGGGACUCUAAUUAUGAUUCAUAUUUGGGCAUGUCGGGAUCUCAGAACCAGAGUGCUCCAUGCUUCUUGCAUCAUGGGGCCAUUCUGAAUCAUAUUCUCUCAUGUCCUUAUAUCAAAUAUCCUAUUUGCCUUUUCUUUUUGAGCUUUUCUGUACUCCCUGUUCCUCUCGUUUCAUUCAUUCAAACAUGUCUGUAUAUCUAUAUUAAGAGUUUAUGAACAUUAUGCAGUACGUACUGUGAUGGUGAAUUAUUUCCCAACAUUCGUCCUCUUCAUCUGGAAUCCUUUUAUGAUUUCUAUUGACUAAAAUAGAAAAUCUCGCCGAUUAUCUAUAUAAUAAUUUGAUAGGACCACAGAAGUAAAUUGAUUAACGUUCUGUCCAAUGGCGUGUUUAGGAAAACAGAGGAAGAACUUAGCAACGAGCUUCAAUUGCAGAUCCAGGGAGCUGAUAAACCCUCCAUCUGGAAACUUGUUGGUGUACGGUUUCUUCUCUUACCAUAUCUCCUCGGCAAGGUUAGUAAUGCAGCUAUUGGUUUUGUUAGGACCCUCACACCGGAAAAAUAAAUAAAUAAAUAAAUAAACAAAUCUUGCAUUUUUAGUCUCUAUUUAUUUUUUAGUUUGACGGGUUAAUAAUCUUAACAUUGUAUCUAAGUCAAUGGCUCCUCCUAAGCUAUUAUGUGCAUGAGGGAGCUUAUUGGAAUAACCAUUUAUUGAAAAACACUGAAGUUCAUUAAUCUUUUCUAUUUGGAUGGACUACAAAUAUUAAGAUUAUAUUUUUUAUAAUCUGUGUGCUAUUGUCUUGUAAUAUUUGAGUCGAUAAUUUACAAGGAUCAAAAGAAAUUCGGUCCUAUUUACCACUUCUCCAUAAGUUGGAGCUCGUAUUUGUUGUUUGUUAGGAAGUUCGUUUUGUGUUAGAUGGGCUUAUAAUAUCGAUUUUUUUUUUCUUUUUCUUAUCGAAUAUCGCUGAGUUGUAAUAUCUGAGUUAAUAAUCUAACAGGGACAAAAAGGAAUCCACUCAUAUUUAAUCGUUUCUCCCUAAGAUGGCUUUUAAGCAAUAUAUUUUCGGUUAGACCUGGACAUCAUUUAUUCUCAUAAUUAUAUUAUUCUGAUUUUCCUUUUCUGUUCACAUUUAGCUUUUGCUUUGGAGGUGCUGCUGGCUCUGGCGUUAUCGUGUGAGGAAAGGUCCAUAUUCUUGGAACGAUGCUUGCUACUUGACGCAGAAGUGCCUGAAAGUUUCUUCCAGUGCUUGGUUGAACAUCGGUAAUCAUCAAAGCCUCCCCCCUUGUCUUUCUCAGACUGCCCAUUCAUCACUCCCUAUGAUCACUUUUCGUAUGGUAGAAUCCUUGUAUAACCCAACACUGGCCCUCCUAUGCACUAAUCUACAUAAGAUAAAGAGAGAGUUCUGGGUAGCGAGAGAGAGAGAGAGAAAAGGGGGGGGGGGGUUAGAGAGAGAAAGAGAGAGAAAGAGAAAGAAAAAGAGCAAGAGGUGGGUUGCCUGCGGGAGUAAAAUAGAUGAGCCCUUGAAUUCCACGGUAGAGGCCAAGAAAGAUAAUGCUCAGCCCAAAAGUACCUCUGAAUGUGUGGCAUAAGAUGGGGUAAUCAUGAGAUUUCUAUGUUCAUCUCUAUUCAACUACUUAGGUUUCCUAAUUCGCAUGGUUAGAUAAGAUGCAGGCAUGUUAGGAUUAAUGGAACAUGGUUUUUUUAUAAAAAAACGUAUUUUUCAAACCAAAAUAUUUAUGCCUUAAUCAUGUUUCAAGAUGACCUUUGAAUGUGUGGCAUAAGAUGGGGUAAUCAUGAAAUUUCUAUGUUCUUCUCUAUUUCAACUACUUUUAGGUUUCCUAAUUCGCAUGGUUAGAUAAGAUGCAGGCAUGUUAGGAUCAAUGGAACUUGCUUUUUUUUUUUUUUAAUGUACUUUUCUUUCCAAGUUUAAAAUUGUGUCCAAAGUCUAGAAACGAAGUGGGCUAUUAAUUAAAUAAUCAAGGAAAAAUAUUUUACGCCUCCAAUGCAUUUUAUUUUCUUCCAUGGGUUAAUCAUUCCUCCUGACAAUCGUAAUCACCUAUCUUUCACUACCAAUUAUAUCUAUUAAAAACUAAGUUUGGGUUAUUUUUCAGAUGAAUCUACGAAGAGCGAUCUUGUCCAGAGGCGCUUGUGGGAAAAUGAAAACAUGGAGAACUACCUUUCAGAGUCGAGGAAAGAAUCAAAGCACAGAAGAUAG